AGCAACGUCCUGUGACAUUUUCAGUUUGACUCAACGGGGUUUGGGGGUAGCAGAUAGACUUUCACAGCCCGCCAUACCGUUUCAUAACUCCCUGUUUCCGCCUAACACUUUUUCUUUGGCCGUUUUGUGUUUUUCUCUCUCUCUCCUCCCUUUGCAACAACCGUUUACCAUUUUAGUUGCUGCUCCUGAGAAGCCCUAAGAAUCACAAUGAACAAGCUGUACAUCGGGAAUCUGAGUGAGAGCGUGACUGUGCCAGAGUUAGAAACUAUCUUCAACGACUGGAAGAUUCCUUUUUCUGGGCAGUUUCUACUCAAAGCGGGCUAUGCCUUUGUAGAUUGCCCAGAUGAGAGCUGGGCAAUGAAAGCGAUCGAUACCUUAUCCGGUAAAGUGGAACUCCAUGGGAGACACAUAGAAGUGGAACACUCAGUACCCAAGAGGCAGAGAAAUUUAAAAGGUCACGAUUUGAGAAUGGGGACAGGGUGGACGGUUAGAGAUGCACCAUUUCCAACACCACCCCCCCCACCUUUGGCUAAACCGCUCAAGUAGAUCACGUUUCAAACGCUGAAGCCUUGCUUUGGGUUCAAAUCUCAUUUGACUGCAAAGCCGAUUCCGGGAACGCCUCGACCUACGGGAGAGAGCUUACAAGAAAUGAGCUGAGGGGGCAGUGGGGAAAUCAACCUUCCGAGUUUCUUUUCCACCCUUUCCAUGUUCGCUUUGAAUCGCUAAGGGACGCGUUGUCUUGAAACUAAGGAUUCUUUGCAACAGAACUGUGCGAAUGCGUUGGCAUUUUCAUGUCCCUAUAUUGCUCUGUGUGCAAUAGUUAACGAAUUCUGUUUGAUGUGUUUUUCCAUGCAUGACCUUUUUCAAAACGGGAUGCACAAUUCCAAUAAGAAAGUUUGAUUGAGUUCUCAUUCAGAAACCAAAGUUUUUGACCCAGAAUCUAACGUGAUGGCUAUUCAGUGUGGAACCUGGCUUGGGUUGCAGACAUACCUGUAAAAGUAUUUGCUUGUUCUUGCUUUAAAGCAUUUGGUGUAUGUGUAUCUUUGCAUAAUCUGAUAAACUGGAUGGUGCCUGUUGUAAAAUGUCUAUAAGUGCUGGUUCAAAAAAUACCAUAAAACAAGUUAAGCACUGGAUUAGAAACAAUAACUUGAUAUCAAUUCAUAUUAUUAUCUAUUUAAAAUGAUAGAGUAGAGAGAGCAAGUUAUUAGUUCAGUUUAGCUGUAGCUAUUGUCCUCCAUGUUAGCAUUUUAACCAGACAGUUGUACGCUUUGUAACGCAACAUCAUCUGGUAUGUUAGAUAUAAUCCAGGGAGGUUUGUAAAUCAAACUAUGUCCCCCUCUGUAUUUUCAAAAGGCUGAAGAUGAAGUUUGAAUCAGCCAAUUUGAAAGUUUUGAAAAGUAGUUAAAACAUUCAGCAAAACAUAAUUUAAAGUCAAUUGUCAUGGCUAUAAUCAAUGAUUUAAAAAAAAUCUGAUCAGAACAUUAAAAAUUUAGUUAAGAACUUUUUGCCUUGCUCUUUAUUGAUUAACCUGGUUUGGAAGGAAUGAUGAGUAAACACUAAAUAUAUAGACUGCAAACACAAUUUAUUGUUUUUACUGCCCAAUUUAGUUUAAAAAUUCAAUAGUUAAAAUUCAAUUCUUUGGUGGUGGUGAA